GCCUGAAGUCAGUAGGGGGCCCCAUGAGAUGCCCCUGGUACCUUUUUCAUAGGAGUUUUUGAGAUUGGGCAAGGACACAGGGGCCCCAUGAUCCCCUAUUGCCUGGAGGCCCCAUGAGUUGUCAGUCCGCCCCUGGGGCUACAUGUACAUCAGAACGACGGAGGGGUGCAGAAAGAGAAUGUGUUUCAGAACACUGUACCAUUUUCUCUACACCCUAGAGCGCACGCACAAUGCACUCGGCAUGCUCCAUACCUGCAAGGAUUAGGUGGAAAUUACUAGCCAAGGACACUCAGGCAGAUUCUAACUG